UUCGUCCUGUCUCUUUUCGGUGGUGGUUAACGUGGUGGGGAGCGAAUGACUUCAAGGACCAAGGGAUCGGUAUUUCACACAUGAUAUCGAUCCUCUGAUCUCGUCGACCCAUUUUUUUUUCUUUUUCCUACUCUUUUCGACCACGCGUUACUCGGAUGACGUAUAAUUUUCGUUUUUUUAUUCGGGUGAGCUUUCUCCGCGUUUUUUCAUUUCAAUAACUCGACCGUUCGUUCUAUUUCGAACGAGAGGACAGCGCGGAUAAUCGGAAAACUAUAGAAAAAAAAAUUUCUUCAAAAGUAACAGUAAUUCGGUUUCCGCAUACGGGAAACACACGUACGGGCUACGAAUGCAUGUAGCGUGCAUCAGGGGACAUGGAUCGUGACAUCAAUGCCGAGGCGUUCAGCCCAGUUAGCCAUGUUGAGGAGUUGGACGUACGCGACUUCUUCAAUUUGCUGACCGGACCAUAGAAGCACUUCCUCGACUUGUACGGCGUCGGGGUACCCCCGUUGUUACCUACCAUAGUUACAUACGUAUUUCGUGUUGGUUUUUAAAGUCGUCUUUGACCGUGACCGCCGAAGAUGUAGGGCAUUCGGUCACGCCCGAAGGAACGCGCAGGAUUCUGCCCCGCAUAGACAUUUGUCAUACUACGCUCGUACGAUAUAUUUAAACACGAGCACUAGGCAUUCGCAAUAAUUUUCAUCGAUCAUCAUGAGAUUAUCGAUGGUUUUUGAGCUGUUGCUCAUAUUCCUAUUGGUCGCAUUCGCAGCGUACGCCAGAGUAAUCGAUCGCGACGAGGUCGCCAGUCUUCACAGGGUGAUCAGAGCUACCAAACAGAGCAACGCCGGCGUGGCGACAAUCUCAUUGAAACAGGCGACCGAUAACGUUAACAAAUACUGCACUUGCAACGAUAACAUUUGCAACUGUUGCAGAGACUUUAAUAUCCCAGUUGUUCAGUUGAAAGGACCAGGAUGUGCAUCCGUCCAGUAUUUAAAGGGUGACAAUAUGGGACUGCAAUUGAGCUUCGGCGAUAACAUCUUGACCAGCACCGUCGUAAACGGUAAAAGUCCUAAGCCUGUAUGCUUACCCUUGCCGGGAGGAUUCUCCAAAUUUUGCGGAAGGAUUUAUUCGAUUCAACGCGAAGCAAACGAGCAUUUCAAGGCCUGUCUUGGUCUGGAAUUGGAAUCAUCGAGUCAAGUUGAAGCCAGUCUGCGAGUGAGCUGCUUCAGAUUUGGACCCGACGGUCUGAAGCUGCGCCCCGCGGAACCUUUGCCGAUCGUAGAAGCUGACCCGGCUGACGACGACGACGACGACGACGACAUUUUCGGUCUGGGAUCCGACGACGACGACGACGAUGACGACGACGACGACGACGACGACGAUGCCGAAGAUACACCCGAGGGAAACGCCGUUCCGUCUUCGUCCGCGGACGACGACGACGACGACGAUGACGACGACGACGACGUUCUGGGACUUGGAUCUCUUUUCGAUAUAUUCGGAGACGAUGACACGCCGAAAAAACCGAAAGUAACAACCCCCGCGCCCACUGCUUUUCCCUCCUUUUCUAUCCCUCUGCUCAACAAGCCGAUCAGCGAAAAUCCUAGCGUAAUCGAAGCGGAUGUACCCGUUAUUUCCGGCAACGAAUCCCCGAUAGGAAACGACGUAAUUGUUCAACCCGCGAGUCCCGAACCGGAGCAACUUCCCGAUGUUACGAAUGUCGCGGAGGAAGUUACGCAGAAGAUCAAUGCCGCUGAGACCGAAGUUUCAGCAGCUAUUGACCCGGCCACGGAACAAACGGCUUCUACCGAUGACUUGGUUCCUCUCGGAUCGGUCAUACAAGACAACGUUCUUCAACCUGCUGCAUCUGCUGUUGACGAAAAGAUCGUACCGAAGCCAGAAGAGGCGAUCGUGAAACCGACGAGUAAUGUUAAUAAAAUUAAACCAAUCCAGAAGAAGCCCGCGGCUACAGCUAAUACGGUAAACGCCAUACAAAAUGACGCGAAGAAGCCAAUCGUCCCGAUUUCCAAGCCGAACAAACCCGAUCCGAUUAAGAACGAAGUUCAAGCAUCCACGGAGGCGGAUGAAGAGGAGGACGACGACGAAGAAGAAGACGACGAAGACGACGAUAUUCUUGGUGGUGACAGUCUCGAAGAAGAUGAGGAUGACGACGAAAAAGAGGAGGCUGUAGACGGUCAGGAUAAACCAGAGACCUCAGAAACUGCGGAGGAUGAGGCCGACGACGAGAAAGAUGAGGACGCUGAGGAUGAUAGCGACGAACAAAAUUCCGAGUCCGAUAAAAUCGAUGCGACCGACAGCGACGAGGAGAGUCUCGUCGAUGACGAUGACGAGGAUGAAGAGGCCUUGAUAACCGCUAUUACGGGAGAUGAUAAAGACGAAGCGAAGAAGGACAAGAUAUCGAACAAUGAGACGGCAGAUCCCGAGGAGGACGACGCUGAUUAUGGAUUCGGUUUGGCGGAAAUGUUGGCGAGAAAACGACAGCAAAGACAUAUGAGAAGCGGUCGUCAAAGCAGAGUUAUGAGACUUUAGAAUGAAAAACAAUAAGAUUAUAAAAACAGUAAAAAUUGAUCCAGGGGAUUUGCGACUUGUCGACGUUAUAGCAGCGACGCAGUUGUAAAGCUGUAAAUCGCGAUACACAUCGUCCCUCGUCGUCUUCGGAACCCUGCAGCAAGCUCAGCCAUAAAUUAAAAAAAAUGUUGAUAUUAUUAACUUAUUUCAGACUAACCCCAAUAUUUAUAAUUUAAUCUAUAUUUAAAAUCAUUUGUCUGAUAUAUUUAUGUAAUUUAUUAUACUGUCUAAGUUAAAAAUAUACGAGAAUAUCUGUAUGGUGUAUAUAACCACCGUCGCAUCGCAUGAAUUCCAUUGUCAUUUUUCAACAUGCACUGCAGUCUUUCGUUCAUACCGAUGACAAAAAGUACACAAACUGAAUAAAUAUCAUGAAAUUAUGCUAAA